AUGCCCAUGGUGCCUGUUCUGCUCUGCCUAGGUUCCCUCCCCAAACCCACGCUCUGGGCCAUGCCAGGCGCUGUGAUCGCCCGGGGGAGUUCUGUGAGCAUCUGGUGUCAGGGGACGCUGGGGGCCCAGAAGUACCGUCUGUACAGAGAAGGAAGAUGGAAGACCUCGGAACUAUCAAUCUCACUCGACAAGGCCGAGUUCUUCAUCCCAUUCAUGACAAAAGAUGAUGCAGGCCGAUAUCACUGUUUCUAUCGCAGCCCCGCUGGCUUGUCACAGCAUAGUGAGCCCCUGGAGCUGGUGGUGACAGGAGUCUACAGCAAGCCCAGCCUCUCAGCCCUGCCCGGCCCUGUGGUGACCUCAGGAGGGAAUGUCACCCUCCAGUGUGGGUCACAGAGAAGAUUUGACCGGUUCAUUCUGACUAAGGAAGGAGGAGACAAGCCUGCCUGGACCCAGAACUCACAACUUCCCAACAGACAUUUCGAGGCCCUGUUCCCCGUGGGCCCCGUGUUUCCUGGGCACAACUGGGCAUUCAGAUGCUAUGGCUCUGACAGGAGAAAUCCCCAAGUGUGGUCCACACCCAGUGACACCCUGGAGCUCCUAGUCUCAGAAUCCCUGGAUCCCAGCGCACAACCCCCACCAGUCUCAUCCACAGGACCCUCUGGGAUCCCCACCCUCACCCUCAGCACCCAGCUCCCAAGAAGGAGAGUCCCUGGCUCUCUUCCAAGCAUCCUGAGUCCAGGCUCCUUGGAGUCUCUCAGUCCAUCUCAGUCCUCAUUCCAGACUCAGCACCACUGGUGUCCGGAGGCCAUGACUUCAAGAGCAGACAUCACUCACGCCCAAGGUCCAGGAAGGAACCUGAAUGUCCUGACCUGGGUCUUCGUGGCCUCCCUCCUGCUGCUCACACUCCUUGCCCUGCAAGUCAGAGGAGCCCAGGUCUGA